GCCCCCCCCCCCCCGGUGUCUCUGAGAGCCAUUUUCAGCCACUUAUUUUACGUUUCUCAGGCUGUGGUUAUACCCAGACACGAAACUUGAUAGUAAAUGUCCACUCGCUAUCUUCUCUGCUUCAUAAUCUUAACUUUUUUACCAUUUUGCUUUCCUCAAAACGGCACCAUACCAUGCCCCUUGAACUUCACCAUCCUCCGCCCCGCCCUUUCCAACAGGCCCCAAUUCAACACCUCCGGCGUCUGCAACUUCCUCCUCCAGGGCCUCCGCCUUGUUCUCUCCGACUACCUUGAACGCACCGGUUCAUUCGUUCCUCCCUCAAACUCCUCCGACUCCUGUUGGCAAUCUUAUCAAUCUCUCCUCCCAAACUUCAACCUCCGUUCCUCAUGCGGUUUCCAAACCGCUUGGAUCUCCCAAGGCUGCUUGGACUUAACCACGAGGUCCGAAUUCGAAGCUUCCGUCCCGACCACCACCUUAAACGACGUGGCUUUAAGCUGUAAUCAGUCCUUGGGUGGUCCUGCUUGUGCUUCAUGUACUAGAAGCUUGUCCAAUUUGCAAGCUUUGUACUGGUCGAACAAUUCGAUUGCCAACGUGUCCGACUGCACGGCCUACCCGUUUAUUUAUGCAGCAGCUGUUGCUAAUCAUUUUGGACCAACAAAUGAAGAUACAGCCAUUUGUUUAUUCUCAAUCAGGUUAAGUGAUAGCAGGAAUGGUGAGGGUAAGCAAAAAGGUGUAGUUUGGGGUGUAAUAAUCGGGGUUGGGGUUGGUUUAGCUGUUUUCAUCCUUGGGUUUUGGUUUCUUUAUAGAAAACAUCAAGACUCAAAGAAGAAAACGAGGGAUCGAAUUCAGAAUCUUGAAAGUACUAAUCUGGUUAAGUUUACCUUGGAUGAGAUUAAGGAAGCUACAAGGAAUUUCUCCAUAGAUAACAUUAUAGGCAGGGGAGGCUAUGGGAACGUGUACAAAGGCCACUUACCCGAUGGCUCUGGGGUUGCUUUCAAGAGGUUCAAGAACUGUUCCGCCGUCGGUGAUGCCAAUUUCGAGCACGAAGUAGAGGUUAUCGCUAGUGUUAGGCAUGUGAAUCUCGUUGCUUUAAGAGGAUAUUGUACCGCUACGACACCAUCAGACGGUCAUCAGAGGAUAAUCGUGUGUGAUUUAAUGAAGAACGGGAGUUUGCAUGAUCACCUCUUCGGUCCGACGAAAGCGAGACUUAGUUGGCCAACUCGUCGGAAGAUUGCGUUAGGGACAGCGAGAGGGUUGGCUUACUUGCAUCACGGGGCACAACCGGCAAUCAUUCAUAGGGAUAUCAAAGCAAGUAAUAUACUCUUGGAUGACAUGUUUGAGGCCAAGGUCGCGGAUUUCGGACUUGCCAAGUUUACGCCGGAAGGGAUAUCACAUUUGACUACCAGGGUAGCUGGAACAAUGGGAUAUGUUGCACCUGAGUAUGCACUGUAUGGCCAAUUGACUGAUAGGAGCGAUGUGUAUAGUUUUGGUGUAAUACUUCUUGAGCUGUUGAGUGGAAAAAAGGCGUUCACCAUGAGUGAUGAGAACCACCCCUCUGUUGUGGCUGAUUGGGCCUGGUCGUUGGUGAGGAGCGACAAAGCAUUGGACGUUAUCGAAGCCGGCAUGCCGGAUUUGGGGCCGCCAGAAGUUCUAGAGAAACAUGUGUUGGUAGCGGUUCUUUGUUCUCAUCCGGAGUUACAAUGCAGGCCAUCCAUGGAUCAGGUUGUGAAAAUGUUGGAAACAGACGUUUCUGUUCCCUCGAUCCCUGAACGGCCGAUUCCGCUGGUUGCUCGUAUCAAUGACAUCGAGAGAUCUAUAGAAUGUCACGGCUCGGAUCAGGUCGGUAAGAAGGGAAGUACAAGUUCAGGGUCUUCAAUAGAAGUUUUUCAUAAGCACACAAUAAGCUGAUUGAGCUCUUCAACAAACGCAGAAUUGCAUAUACUGAUACAAUGGAUACAUUACAAUCAAGUUAGAUUCGUUUAAACUCAAUCGAUAU